AUGGAUGGACUGAUGAGUUUUCAAGCGCAAUCUGUUCGUGCUGUCUCAAGAGAGCAAAGCUCGGUACCACUUCCUAUAUUUUCUCCAAAAAUUACUAGAGUUUCUGUUCGGCCAAUUGGAAUGGUGAGAAAGUCCAAGUUGUUUAAUUCAUUUGUUGCUUCAGUUCAGCCCGUUGAAGCCUCUGCUGUUACCCCUUUUGACAAUACAUUACCAUCUAAAGAGGUUCUUGCUGUUUGGCAAAAUGUGAAUGCUGUAUGCUUUGAUGUGGAUAGCACUGUGUGCAUAGACGAGGGCAUAGAUGAAUUUGCAGAGUUUUGUGGGGCUGGAAAGGCUGUAGCAGAAUGGACUGCUAGGGCAAUGAAUGGCUCUGUUUCUUUCGAAGAUGCAUUGGCAGCUCGUCUGUCUCUUAUCAACCCUUCAUUGUCCCAACUCCAGGAUUUUCUUAAGAGACCUCCACGACUUUCUCCUGGCAUUGAUCUAUUGGUCAAAAAACUGAAGGAUAAAAAGAAAGAUGUUUAUCUGGUCUCAGGCGGGUUUCGUCAAAUGAUCAAUCCUGUCGCAUCGAUCCUUGGUAUAACACUUGAAAAUAUUUUUGCCAAUCAAAUGCUCUUUGGGAGUAAUGGAGAAUUUGCUGGGUUUGAUAAAAAUGAGCCAACUUCAAGGAGUGGUGGAAAACCUACUGCUGUUCAACAAAUAAAAAAGGCUCAUGGAUACAAAUCAGUAGUGAUGAUUGGUGAUGGUGCCACUGAUCUUGAGGCUCGUAUGCCAGGUGGUGCGGACUUGUUUAUUUGCUAUGGAGGAGUUCAACUAAGAGAAUCAGUUGCAGCUAAAGCUGAUUGGCUGGUGUUUAAUUUUAAGGACUUGAUUAACUCAUUGGAGUAAUGUGCUAUCGGAUCUUCACUCUUCCAUCAAUAUUUCGCGUCUUCACUCUUCCAUCAAAUAUUUCUUCCUCGGGGCUUUAUGCAGCUUUGUAGUUCUGUUCUUGAUGUAACAAGACAUAGCAAGUUUAUAAUUUGCUGUUAUUGUCCCCUCCAGGAGAGUCU